UAAAGAUCGUAAAAGUGUAACAAAACCAAAGGCGACAUUAACGGUCCAAAAAAGCUAAAAAAUACAUUCUAAAGAUAGGUUCAGAAAAAAAGGGCAAAUGACAUGUACUCCAUCCCCCUAAAUAUCAAUCCCUCGGGUGCACUAAAAACCCCUGGAUGCCCGGCGUAGAUCCAACCGUACUGGGUCACAUCACUGACCAAACACAGAGUGUGAGUGUGUACGUUGCAUGGGUGCAUUAACGGAGCCGCUGCAAUUGAGAGAGAGUGCUUUUUUAGAGAGGGGAGGAGCUUUUAGAGAGAGAGAGAGGAGCUUCUUGUUCCUAAUUAGCUGCCGGGGGAUGCAGAGAUAGAGAGAGAACCAGAGAGAAAUGGGUAUUUUCUAGGUGAUGACCAACUCUUCCCAACGACCCAAAGAGAAAGAAUCUUAGAGAUGGGAGAAGACAGGGAAAACAGCAACACCAGGAGCUCGAAGCGCACGCAGAGAUGGGCAAUGAUGGUGGCCGGGAUUUGGAUUCAGUGCGCGAGCGGCUCCUCAUACACCUUCUCAAUUUACUCCUCAUCGAUUAAGUCCGCUCUCUCCUAUGAUCAGUCGACCCUCGACACCAUCGCCUCUGCCAAGGACGUCGGGGCCAAUCUCGGAGUUCUCUCGGGGAUCCUCUACUCGGCCGUCCCGGGCUCCCCAUGGCUGGUGCAUGUGGCUGGGGCGGUGCAGUGCUUUGUGGGGUAUCUGAUGCUCUGGUUGUGUGUGACCGGCCGGGUGGAGACGCCGGCGGUGUGGCAGAUGUGUGUUUACAUGUUUCUUGCAUCGCAUGCGCAGACGUUCUUUAACACGGCCAAUGUGGUGACCGCAGUUCGGAAUUUCCCGAAACGGAGGGGAACGGCCGUCGGCCUCAUGAAGGGAUUUCUUGGCUUGAGCGGUGCUAUUCUAAUCCAAGUGUAUGAGACAAUAUUCAGGGGACAGCCAACCUCUUAUAUUCUCUUGCUAGCUAUAUUGCCCACCGUUGUUUCGCUCUUGCUUAUGUACUUCAUAAAAGUCGAUCCAAAAAUUGAACCGGAUGAGAAGACAUAUCUCAACUAUUUUUCUCUCAUCGCCAUGAUUCUUGCUGGUUAUCUCGUGGUCAUUAUUAUAUGGGAGAACAUCCAAACACCUGGAUCAAUAGCAUAUAUUGUUACUUUUCUCAUACUUCUCUUGACUUUACUCUCUCCUUUGAGUGUUGCAUUGAGAGCCCAGUCAAAAACCUCAUGGUUGGCAUCCCAGUCUCCAAAUAUUGAUGACACCACAUUGAUGGAUGAUGAUGGGCAUGUGUGUACAACCAAGGGAGAGGAGCUUUACAGUAGAGAUAGUGAUGGCACGGAUUAUCAUCAAAUAUCCAUUGAUGAUGACAUGAAGCCAUCACAAAGGGAGGACAACUUAACUGUAUUACAAGCCAUGUUAACAUGGGACUUCUGGUUAUUAUUCACGGCCAUGGCAUGUGGUAUGGGUUCAGGUCUUGCCACCAUAAACAACAUGAGCCAAUUAGGAGAGUCUCUUGGCUACACAACCACAGAGAUCAGUACAUUAGUAUCUCUAUGGAGUAUUUGGAAUUUCCUUGGUCGCUUUGGAGCUGGUUAUGUUUCUGAGUACUUUUUACACAGAGCUGGUUAUGCUCGGCCAUUGUUCAUGGUCAUCACAAUGGCAGCCAUGGCCAUUGGUCAUGGGGUCAUCUCAUCUGGCUUCCGUGGUGCCUUAUAUGUGGGCUCUAUCCUUGUUGGUGUAUGUUAUGGAUCUCAGUGGUCUUUGAUGCCCACUAUCUCCUCAGAGAUUUUUGGGUUGAGAAACUUGGGGACCUUAUUCAAUACCAUCUCAAUUGCAAGCCCAAUCGGAUCUUAUAUUCUCUCUGUUUGGGUGGUUGGUUAUAUCUAUGAUUUGGAGGCUUCAGAUAAGGAAUCAUGUAGCGGGACCCACUGCUUCAUGGUGUCUUUCCUAAUCAUGGCAUCAGCUGCUCUUAUUGGUUGUCUUGUUGCCUCAGUGUUAUACUUUAGAACAAGGAGGUUUUAUCAGGAGGUUGUGUAUAUAAGAGUACGCUCUGCCCAAAUGUAACCGGUGCUUAAGGUGAGGGAACUUGCUGCCUUAAGAAGUCUUGCUUGAUUUCCUUUAUCUUGUAAAGUGUUUCUUACUCUGUCAUCCAGAAGGACGAGGGAGUGAGGCUAAGAGGGGGAUAUUGAUCAAAAGGCCAGAAAGCCUACGGGAAGUGAGCGAGCGUUCCUCGAGGUGAGGGAACUUGCUGCCUUAAGAAGUCUUGCUUGAUUGCCUUUAUCUUGUAGAGUGUUUCCUUGUUGUAUAGGAAAUAGAGUAAUAUGUAGCUUGUUCUUUAUGUUCAAAAUAUGGAUAGCGUGCAUUUAUAUGGAACAUGUUUAGCAUGUUCUCUGUUUCUUGUAGAGUGAGCAUUUCUGUUUAAAAGGCUCAACUGUUUUAUAUACAUUAUGUAGAAAGUUCUCGAGUUCAAGGUCGUGAAUUUUGUAUCUUGGGAUCGUUUUAAACUGCAGAAUUCUCAGCUCUCCUAGUCUUACAUGUCAUGUAUGUGAGUGUUUUAGGAGAAUAAUUAUCCAUAUAUUGAUUGUUUA